AACGUAGUGCAUCACCAUUCAGAAUAGAAUUUGUCAAAGGGACACGAGGCAUGAAGCCAAUGGCAAUGUCUAGGCUAGGUUUUAAAAAAGCUGCGACAGUGAGUGGAAGAUGGCUCCGUUUAGAGCAUCCUGAGUAGACUGUGUCCAACAAAAACAAAGAUGUGUAAAUGCAGCCUAACAUCAUGUGAUGUAAUGAGCGGUGGUCAUUACAUCUAAAAGCAGUGCAGGGCAUCUGUGGUUGUCAGCCUAAAACAGCCUGAAUAGAGGAAACUCUCUCCACUUUCUAUUUGAAGUCUGUAAUAUUGGUCAGCAACAUGUGGCUGGUGGGCCAGAAUUGGGUCUGAUGAUUCUGGGAGUAAAUUUAUAUAACUUCCAACUGUUUUUAUUUUUGUACAUUGUCACACCCAUAUGCUACCAAUACUGCAGUAUUAUAGCUAUGAUGUCAAAAAUAGAGAAAAUUGAUGUCAUACUGUCGUGAACAGACACAACUGUGCAGCUGCAAUGUGUGCUGUGGUGCUCAACAUCUUCAAUUAAAGGUUGGUGCACAGUGUCUGGGGCAGUAAGGGCCGACGUGACAUGAGAAUGACUUUGGAGGUAGAAUAAUGAGGCAACUGAGGUGGUGCCAAAUCAGAACAGCGAUGGCAUCAUGUGAACAUACAACAUGAGCAGAAAAUGAUUCCACUACUGGGAGGGAAAAUAGAGGAAGUGUGGCAAUAAAUAUUUACAGGUUUUAUUUUCAUGGAAUGUGGUAUUUUGUUCCGUUUUUCAACCUAAAACGUCAAACAAUACUUAUGGUGGCAGUUUGUGUCUGUGUGACGACUUUGGAUACCCCUGUGUUAGGGCAGGGUCACGUUAAAAAUGCCCAGGUCUGUUCCAUGUCCCGUACGUCUCCUCCAGGACACCUUUCUUCUCUUGAGACACCAAAUCAAUUUUAUCUGCCCUUUUCGCGACGCCCCUGCAUUACACGUCGCUCCAAAUCAGACCAGUUGAACCUGCUCUGCCGUGUGUGGAUCUAGGAGUCGUAAGUAUUCAGAUUGGGCUAGGAGCCUUUCACUUGCCCAACAUCUCGGUUGAACUACGCCCCAAACUCCAGGGUGAAAAACAGGGGGAAGCUCGUUAGCUUCUGCUGCUGCUGUUCUCUGCCUCCGAGCUAACGUCGGGCUCCCUGUGUUCACAGAGUACGCUCGCCCUCCCUUGACGACAAAAGAAGACAGAGUGGAACAUUUACUGUUUUAUCGCAUUUUUCCUCCGCACCGUUUGGAUUUUAAUUUCCGUGUCGGAGCAAAGGAAACAGGCCGCCGUCGGAAAACAACCAACGCCGAAGAAGCUGUCGGCUUGUCCGGGUGGAUGAGCAGCAGAAGCGGCCGUAUAUAGAGUUUCUAAGGCCGUCUUUGUCAGUUUUGAACACCGUUCGCCUGGGACUCUGGUUUUACGGCAUUAAAACAAAGCACAGAAAGAGGGCGAGGAGCAAACAGCCGCGAUUUCUUCUCCCCGUCGACCAUGCGAGGUGAUCGGAUCAUCGCAGAGGAAUGUGUCGCUCAGUCCCGGUGUUAGCUGAGCGGAGGCUCCAUGGCCAACAGUAACAACAUGCUCAUGGCCUCGGCCGUGGUGGUGUGGGAAUGGUUGAAUGAACACGGCCGCUGGCGGCCUUACAGCGCCGCCGUCUCUCAUCAGAUAGAGGCGGCCAUACGGAGCAGCGACCCCCGCGGCGGCAGUGUGGUCCUCGGCCAGGUGGACAGCCGACUUUCGCCCUACAUCAUAGACCUCCAGUCCAUGCACCAGUUCAGACAGGACACAGGAACCAUCCGUCCUGUGCGAAGGAGUUUCUAUGAUCCCACCUCGGCUCCGGCUCUGGGCUGCCAGUGGGAGUGGGAAAACGACGCAGGUACAUGGACACCCUACGACGUGGAGGUGGCCAUCACCAUUGAGGCUGCCUACAGCCGCCAGCAGCCCUGUCUGGACCUGACACCCCUGGGCUUCUGCUACCUCAUCGACUAUCAGAAUAUGACGCAGGUGAACAGACAGAGCCAGAGGUGUCGCAGAAUCCAGAGACGGGCUGACAUGGCUUACCCUUUAGUUUCUGGUCCUCUUCCCGUCCCCAGAGGUGGAGGAGUGGUAGCAGGUGGAGGCCUUACGGGAGCUCUGCUUGGUGUCGGAGUGUCGGGGACCAGCAUGGGGAUGGGGGGCUCUGUUUAUACAAACGGCGGGUUAUCAGCUCCUGGAGUGGGCCAGCCUUGUUCCUGUCAGCAGUGCUUGUUGGUCCUGAGUGUGAAGAACACAGCAGGAGGAGCAGGAAGUGGAGCGGCGGGGAUACAGACUCUAGGGAGACGCUCGCUGACCAUGCAGCGGCCCAAGAACUCCACCAGCGUGGCCUCCAGACCUCUGAGUCCAUCCAAAUCAGCCACCCUGGGGCGGGGCCAGCAGCAGAACUCCUUGUCCAACUAUCAGACGCUGCCCCACGGCCUGGCCAUCUCCAAAAACACUGCCUCCCCCAGAACCAACGCCCAGCUCUUUGCUCAGUCGCUGGCUUUCCUCACCGCCGGCACCUCCUCCCUGGCUCUCUCCUCGUCUUCCGGCAGCAGACCCCCUCUGCCUUCCCUCCCGCCGCCACAGCCGCCGUCACAGUGCAACCCCAGCGCGAACCCUCCGCCCAUCCCUGCCAAGCAGUCUUCAUCCUCAGCCAGCGAAUCAGUGCCAACUGCCACAUUGGUAACCCCUGCCCCCAAUGUGACCACGCCCCCCUCCCCCGUGCCAUCUCCGUCGCCGGUGGUGUUGAAGCCACAGCGCGUGCCAUCCUCGUCUGUGUGCCACGCUCCCUUACCACAGAGGUCAAGCUUGGCUGGACUGAGCAGACCAGCGCUACAGAGGAUCGCCAUGGCCCAGUCCAGAGCACUCAUCGCAUCAGGUGUGCCCACUGUCCCUGUGAAGAAUCUCAAUGGAUCCAGUCCUGUCCACCCUGCGCUGGCUGGGAUCACAGGAAUCCUGAUGAGUGCUGCUGCUCUGCCUGUGUGUCUGACUCGACCUCCCAAACUGGUUCUGCAUCCUCCACCUGUCAGCAAGAGCGACAUCAAACCAGUGCCAGGAUUCGGCCACUGUUGCAGGAAGACAACGAAGAAGCAGGCUCGCAAAGGGAGAACUCCAGAGGAGGUGGUGAAGAAGUACCUGCAGAAGGUCAAAAACCCACCAGAGGAGGACUGCACCAUCUGUAUGGAGCCCCUCGGGGGUCCUUCUGGAUACAAGGGUCCUGGAGUCGGUCCCGUUUCUAAGGCAGAGUCAGUGGGACGCCUAGCACAGUGUGGACAUCAGUACCAUUUCCAGUGUUUAGUGGCCAUGUACAACAACGGCAACAAGGACGGCAGUCUUCAGUGUCCUACAUGUAAAACCAUCUAUGGCGUAAAGACAGGAAACCAACCAGCAGGAAAGAUGGAGUAUCACGUCAUCCCUCAUUCCCUACCCGGACACCCUGACAGCAAAACCAUCCGCAUCAUCUACAACAUACCACCAGGAAUUCAGGGACCAGAACAUUCAAACCCUGGAAAGCCUUUCACAGCCAGAGGCUUUCCCCGACACUGCUACCUCCCAGACAGUGAGAAAGGACGCAAGGUUCUCAGACUACUGCUGGUAGCUUGGGACCGCAGGUUGAUCUUCUCAGUGGGGACAUCGAGCACCACGGGGGAGUCCGACACUGUCAUCUGGAACGAGGUUCACCACAAGACAGAGUUUGGCUCCAACCUGACGGGCCACGGCUUCCCUGACCCUGGGCACCUGGACAAUGUUCUGGAAGAGCUGCGAGCUCAGGGCAUCACAGAGGAGGACGCACUGGUGGAGAAGUGAAAGGACAUUUAAGGAAGAGACAUGGGUGACAGACAGAGAUGGAGGAGGAAGGCCGGGAAAAAAAAAAACAACAGAACCGUGACGAUCAUUAGAGGGAAAAGAGGAGACUCUGUCAGCACUUAGAGAGGAGGUGCACAGAGAGGAGCGGCAGGGCCUAAAGAGGACUUUGGUUUGGUUUUGCAGAGGACCAUAGAGGCGCUGUUGUUCCAGGUCUUGCUUUCUAAUUGAAGAGGUUGGGGUUGAGGUUGAUGGAGCAGCAGUCCAGAGAGAGAGAAGCAGGAAACAGUCACACCGUUUCACAUUCCACCUUUCCGUGUCUGCAAACAGUCGCUGUGCAUUUCUGCACCCACGUUCAUGACCACAGGUUCAUGCACACUAGAACCAGGCAUUCCGUGCAUGCAUAUGCAAUUUCUCAUUUCAUUCCAGUGCCAAUUUUCUUGCCAGGAAUUUGCCCUUGUUCGUGCAUCUCUGUAUUCUCUGAGUAAGAGAAUCUUCUGCUUCGUGGACAACAUGCAGACGCUCGCAUGCAGUGAGUGUUCGGUCCUUAGAGUCAGGGUUCAGGUCAACUCUGAGGAGGUGGAUGAUAGAGGGAGCAGAGGGGCAGAGGGGGGAGCACAGAUAUAAAACAGUUAGAAAAGGAAGUCAGAUGGGAAAACAGUGACAGACACUGGUUUGAGCCUGGUACUGCAUGUGUGAAGUUAGAAUGAGCCAGAAACAUGGAACGUACAUAAGAGCUGGACACAACCACCUCCACUGAAGGCUGUGGUCUCAUGGUGAUGCAGCAGAGCAGAAGUGGCUCCGUUCUGGAGAGGUGCAGUGGUGGGAUUAUGUCCUGUAAUCCUUAAACCCAGGCUGCAUCACAAGAGUCAGGGACCGUCUAACAGUUAUUCUUUCAGUCAGUCCAACAGCAUUCAGGCCUAACCUUCUGUAGAAGAAGAACUGGGACUGCACUGACCAGAGGGUUGUCAGUAAAACGUUCUUUAAGGGUCAUGACCCCAGGAUGGACCAUACUCCGUCACCACAGACCUGGGAACACAUUGAGCUACAGACCAGGUUUGACUGACGCCUGUGGCAUUCACUCUCACAGUGGAGCAGCUGUGUCCAGUUCCUCUGUACGGUCCACGGUUGGUACUAACACUGUGGACACAAUUACUACAAGUUGACUUUACUUAGAAAAGAGAUUCAUAAACGAUUAGAAGGUGGAACCUGAGAGCCAACGGGAGUUGAAGGACGAAGGAAGGAAGAUGAAGGAGCGGUGGAGGAGGAGAGAAGGGGAACGAGGAAGAAAAGAGGUGGGAGGUGGAGAGUGAAUGUAGACUAGUGUAGGAGUAGAGGACUAACUUGUGUUCGAGUACUUAAGCUGUCAGUGGAAAAACCAGACUGUGCUGUUGGCCAUUAUUCAAACUACCUGCCGAAGUUCGAUGCUGUGGCUCCCUCUUGUGUCGUACCUUAUGAACUACACCGUAAGAAUUUAUCCACUGAUCUUAGCCCCUCAUUGUAAACCUGAAUUGACGUCAUUCCUUCAUUUACCUCUGGCCUAUGACCCUAUGAGUUCUACUAUUAUGUAGACUGUGUUUAUUCACUACUCAAAGUGAAAUGUCAAGAGACCAACAUUCUGUUAGAAUAUUGAGCCGCUGGGGCAAAGUGAAUGUUCCACACACAGGUACCAGUGUUUUCAGUCCGCACGUCAGUUGCAGUCCUUAUAUGUGGGGAUUAGUUUUAGAAAAACCAGGAACCUUGUGGUUAGAGUUCCCAGCUCUGAACAUAUCCAUGGUACUGGAGACCCUGGUACGAACCUGGUGCUUAUAGAUACUGGUACCUAAAUACUCUGGUUUGUAUGUUUCCAUGUACUUAGAUCACACGGUACUUGUAGCAAGUAAUGAUUCUGGUUCUGAUGGUACUUCCAGAUCCCGAUAGUUAAAACUCGUGGAUUUUAAAGCCGAUGGACUAAAGUUGUUGGUUGGAUUCGGUGAAAGAAGCUAAAACUCCUGGGACCUGAAGUCGCUGGUUGUGCCACUGGUACUUUAUACUAUAAACCAGAGUUGCUGUGAGUUCUGGGAAAAUACAUUAGCUGGUACCUGAAAUUGUACACAUGGCUCAUGUUUCAUUGAGUGUGUGUGUGUGUGCGCGUAUGUGUGUGUAUGUUUGUGCUUUCAUUUUUUAAUUUUUUUAAUAUAAGUCUUAGUGAAUGCUUUAGCCUCGUCUUUACUUUGUUGUAGGUUUAUCUUCAGUUACGUUGUAGUUCUUUGAUUUUGUAACAUUUGUUUACAAAGUCAUGUAUUCUGUUGAAAUAACGCUCUGCUCUCUCUCCCCUGUGUACAGCAGUUCAGCUGAUUUAAAACUAAACUCUUCUUUUCUUUGGAAAAGGAAUUUUAACGUAGACUUUUUUAUCUGAGUGUAAAAUGUAAUGAAGCAAAAUGAAAAAUCAAAGCUGUGUCCAUGUUCUGAUCUGUGAGGUUAAAGGUCAACAACCAAAGCUGCUGUCAGUGACAAACUAUCUCAUUUUCUUUUCUUUCUUUUUUUUAUGACAGUAUGAAUUUUUUUAAUUCAGACCCAGGUCACUCUUAUCACUGCUCCUGAAUUAGAUCCAGGUCUGAUGCGUUCAGAGAGACCUCAGUUUUUGGAGGUCCGUACUUAGAGGGACAAAGGCUGUGGUGCGGCCCGUGACGACCCCUUCUGCGUUAGUAUGGAGGCUGUGGGUCACGUCAGGGUCGUAGACCGUUCACUCUGGAGUCUGAUGGAGGUUUAACAUUUAACUUUAACAUGACAGUGUGAGGAUGAAUGUGAUUGGAUGCUGCAGCAGAACCUGGUAUCUGUUAAAAAAGCACUGCUGAGUCCAGCUGACCUUCACCCUGGAAACAUCAGAGCGCAGCCACUCAUGUUCAGUCUGUGAGUGGGUCACUAACAGCAGCUUCAGUUUGGUUGUGUGUUUUUUUUUUCAAUCAUUCUUCUGACCACACCACCUGAUCCUCACUCAGAUUAAGUUCACAUCUUUUGUUUGUUUUUAUUUUUUAAAUAUUUAGAAAAUACAUAAAUGAAAAAAAGUUUUAAUAAUGAUUUUUAUUUUUUAUUGUAUUUCAUUGAAUAAAAAUUCUUUAUUAUUUUUAUUCAAGGAAGAUAUUUUGAUAUGUGACCUGGGGCCAGUGAUCAUGAGGUUUGACCACUGUUCUCACUCCACUUCAGUUAUCAUCAUCGUCGUUGUCAUAGCUCUAGUCAAAGGGACAGUACAGGCUUUGUGUCCACUUUGAGACACAGAUGUUUACUCUGGACUAAAAUAACCAUCAGUGAAGAUGAUUAAAAUUAAAAUGAGAAACUCAUUGUUUUAUUCCAAAGGGGAAAACACACUUCACUCCCACUGCUGCCUCGUGUGGCAACAUUUGUUAUCAAAAAAUUAAAGACCUCAAACGAAAGUUGAAGUCGGAAUGCCAAUAAAAAGUCUUAAUAUUGCCUAAAUUCCACUUUAUUAUACCCUUGACCCUGAACUGAUUGUUGAUUGUCUUUUUUAUUAUAUGAAAAUGUUUUUUUUCUUUGUGGACUCAGCACAGAGGAACUCUAAUCACAUAGACCUAUACCUUUUUUUCACUCCAAAAGCCUGAACUGUCCUUUUAAAAGCUGUGAUCUGUUCAAAUCCAAAGCCAAAUAUCUCUCUCUCUCUCUUUUUUUUUACUGUUUCAUUUUCUUGUACAUGUCUGGGAGCAGCGGCUAUUCUACAUGUGGGACCUGGGACCUUCUGUUACAGUACGUUCUCUCAUCUGAGAAACCUGUUAACUACAGUAUGUUCUCCUCAUCUGUAUGGAACCUUCUGGUUCAGUAUGUCCUACUCUCAUCUCUGAGGAACCUUUUGGUACAGUGCGUUUAGAAGAUCCCAGAUGUUUGUGUGGGAGGAACAGAAUCCAAACUUGUGAUAAAAAGAAGGUCUGUAAAUAUGGAAACGGUGAAUGCUGGAGUGUGGAUAAUGACAACAGCCCAACUCAAUAAAGAAUGAACGAAACUC